ACACAAAGCAACCAUGAAGUUAAAAUAUUUUACUCUAAUUAUUUUGAUAAGUUUUUCAUCCACGCUAGGCAGUGGCAUUGAUUCCGGCUGUACAGAACUAUCCAGAACGCCUGUGUAUUUGCAACAUCCCACGGAUUGUGACAAAUUUUUGGCAUGUUUUGGAGGGCAAACGUUCGUUCAAAUCUGUUCCGCUGGUUUGUUUUGGAAUGACCAAAUCAAGUAUUGCGAAUGGCCAGCUAGCCCAAUUUGUAUGCUAGUCCAAACGCCUAGCACAUCGGCUGAUGGACCAACUUCAAGUACCACACCAUCAACGACAACAAAUGGUGUCUCAACUUCAAGUGAAUCGGUAACAGAGAAAACAACACUACCAUCCCUAAUCAACUCUACAACGGAAGCCUCUACAUCAGCUGAACCAACAACGGCGAUUUCGGAGGAGACUUCAACAGAGUCAGUUCCUGAAUCCGUAUCAACCAUUCCCAAUGAAAUAACAACGAAUGAGACAACCGUUUACGUGGAACCAACAACAGAAUCCGGAUCCUCUACUGAAACUGAACCAACGACAGUUCAGGCAUCGACAUCUGUUGAACCUUCUACAACAGUUGAGCCGACGACUACAAAUGAGCCAACAUCAACUGCGGAACCAACUAACAACAAAGAGGAAGCGAAUCAAAUCCAAACGACAACUGAAGCAGAAUCAACAACGGAGGUUGAAACUACAACAGAGGAACUAACUACUACUGAAGUGCCAUCAACUUCAGCUGAAACUACAACUAUUCCAACAACAACGACAACAACAACAACAACUACCUCUACAACUCCGCGGCCUACUACAACAACAACACAGAGACCCAACGGAUACUGCUGUUACACCGAAUGGUACAACAGGUGGAAGUGCAAGUGGUGGCCUAAGUGGUGCUAUUGAGGAAAAUAAUUCUAAGGCAUAAGGCUUUUGGUAAUGAAAUUCGGAUUAAAAAUAUAAUUUUAUCCAAUAAAUGUAUUCUUUGCAUACUUGAGCACACCCCAAGUAACAAUUUAA